AUGAUUCCUUUUAUUCCGACGCUUAUUCUGGCUUUCGUUUCGUUUAUAUCAUCAGCUUUUGUUAUUUUUCGCAUAGUAAUUCCAAUUCUUCCGCCUCAUCCUUUAAGCAGACGAGUCGCUCCCUCCGAGUUCGGACUGCCUGAUUAUAAUUUUCGUUCUCUUUCUUCAGCUGACAAGAGUCACCUAUGGUUGGCUUCCCUCGAUAUCCUGGCUCUAUGCGUCUUCAUUUGGCAGGCAUUUAGUGAAUACUAUGGUGGCCCUGCAGCAUAUGGCGAGGCCCGUGACGCUGCAUCCUCGGCAAGGUUGUGGUUUGCCUUGACAAUCAGGCAGACUUGUCUUUUUGUCGUGUCCGCACUCACGUUGAUCCACAUUCGUAUGGGGCGGUCAGUAUCCUUCGGAUACAGGCACUGGAUGCUGUGGGCGCCCACCAUGCUCCUGGGGUUCACAUCCACUGUACUCUCUGGCGUUAUCGCGGGGGUAGGUGUCCCAAGCUUCUUCGUUGGACUUCUGGCAUAUUCCACUACUGUUGCUGUCUUGAGCAGUGCAUCGUUUGGCAGUCUCGUGUACACUCUUGUGGUAAUCCGGCGCAAUCUCGCCGCACUCAAUGAUCCCGCAGACAGCUGGCCACCUGCUAAAGAAGUCGAGGACAAACCCCGCCCCUCGUUCGCGACUGAGGAUGUUGACGUCCUCAGGGAAGGUAGUUCUUGGCUUACCUCUGAUGCAGGCAGUACGCAUCAGGACUCGGUGUCCAACUGGUCUUUCUCGACUCAUCAAACGCACCCCCGUUCUGGUUCCUUGCGCGUCGACUGUGCCAUGGCAUCCAAAACCUCCCUUGUGCCUAAAUCGUCUUAUUGGUUUGAUCCGCCUACACCUGUGACCGGUGACGUAUUAUUUCCGCCAGUCCCAGCAUUGCCUUCAUCUCACCCUCCAUCACCCACUGACGCACUAAGCUCUGAUCCUGACCCUUUCCGUCGUGAUACUCCGAUUCGGCCACGUCUCGGCUCGCAGAGCUCAUGGCUGACUUCGCCGUCUGGGUCUCAAAUCUCGCACUCUGCAUGGUCCUAUCCCACCAGCCAUCAAGGUGGCGUCAGCGCCAUUGAUCUCAACGCUGAGCUUCUUCCCCAAUGCAAUCGGCCACUGACCCCCGCUCUGUCGAGUGCUCGAGUUCUUGGAGGAUACGGAUAUCAGGGUGAUUCAGAAAGGGGUAUUGCUUCUCUGGCGUAUAAUGGCAAUGAUGUCGACAUCUCAAUUUAUCGGUAUGCCUGCUGGAUGAUGACAAUUUGGGUACCUUUGGCGUUCUCCCUGCCAUACAUCCUAUCUUUCGUUGGAAAUGGCUUCGUAUCUUCUGCCACCCCUCUUCUUCUUGCCCUCUCGGUCACCCUGUCUUCGCCCCUCCUUGCCAUGAACAUCAUUAUGCGCUCGCCCAUCCCCAUCCCGACCGGUCUUUUUGAAGUUCAUAGCGAGCCUCCCUCAGUCUGCAUGCGGGCACCAUCUCCGGCUGUCACUCUCACCGACUGCAACCGUGAGUACAAGCGGUCUGGGUCAGUCACAGUUGUCGAAGAGAGACGCUCUGGAGAUGUUUGGCUCUCACAAGGGGACGCCGUAGACGGGAAAGGCAAGCUUAGUAGGGCACUUGGUCUCAUGACCCCUGUUCCGCGCCUAGCUGUACUGCCUCCUGAUGGUGAAAAGGAAGAUGGAGAGAUGACGCCCCCCUUGCCAAUGCAGACCGAGUCUGAAUCAUUCAAUACUUCUGUGUUCCCUAACACCCCCCAAUCUGCGGAGUUUGGAAGAAUCAGGAAGCAGUCGGUUCAGUCAAGAAUUUCAGGCGAUGAAUUUGCCUCGAGAAUAAUGGUCGCCCAGAGGCAUUAUUCUGCGCUUGCAACUACGGUGGUUGUCACAGCAUCGCCAGAGAAGCAAGGUGGUGAUCUGCUCACUGUAACUACUGGCGCUGGCAUGGAGAAGAGGAAGUCGGUCCUCUCUGGUUCUUCGCAUCUCCGCUCCCGCUCUGUCUCUUCAGUCAUUGGUCAGGCGAUCAGCACAGACUACGGCCCCGGCCCCAGCCCUAGCCGACCUCCGUCUCAACCUCUGCCUCCCACACCUCCUAAUGUCCGUCUUGCCAAGCAACAAUCGAUGCGCACUCUCAUCCACCGGAAGUCGUAUUCGUCUGGUUAUAGCUUCGGCGCAGUUGUCAAUGACGAUGUAAACGAGAUCGAUGUGCUCACUGCUGGUGUUCUGCCGCUCCUUGUACCUGGUUUAAGGGUUGGAAGUGAUGUGAAGAUCAAGGAUUUCGAGUUCGAGUUCGACCCCCCGAUCAGCAGCACUGUGACAAAGAAGAAGCGCCUGCCAGCUUCUCGCACCCAGAAGGAUAACGGUGACUUCGGUGUGCUCGCCAAAGGAGACUGGGAAAGUACCGCGCUGCACUCGACACUCGCCAAUGGCAAGGUCAGGCCCAAGAAGGCGUCUGCGCACAAGAGACAUCACUUCAGUCUUUCUAGUCUCGGUCUUCGCAAGGACACAGCCAAUGCUUUGAAAUCCGAGAUUAGCCGCGCGCUUGCCACGAAGAUUGGUGGAUACGCCACUGUAAACGAUGGAAGGCGCAACACGGUCUGGGGGGGCGAAUCGGUCUCCAACCUUCUUGCACAUCCCCCCGUGCAUGUUGAUAAGCAGCUUGUUCAGAAUGGCGCCUCCCUCGGCCGCACAAUCUCUACUCGCACUCUUGGUCUUCGUGCUGAAGUCCUUCAUGGCAUGGAAAGUGCACGUACCUCCGUCGUUACCCUUGACACCGCAACAAUACUUCCUCCGUCAUCCGCUGCAUCUACGGUCACUCUCUUUGACCCUAUGGCCGAAUUUGAUCCUGCUGCGCAAAGCACGCCACUGCAAGAAAAAGAAUGCCAUUUUGCACGAAAAUAUCAAGCUGCCGCUAUGCCUCGCUCUCAACUGACUUCCAAACGCUCAAGUAUUGUCUAUAUCAGGUCAUCCGAGGAACACGCCCAAGCACCAACGGAGCCAGAGGCUCGGCCGCCCACCGAACGAAAUAUUACUAAUGACAUGACAUCUCGUACACUCGCACAGUGGUCCUCCCGGGUGGUGAAACCACUUAUACUCAAGUCUAGCAACCAGCGCAAGGACGCCACAGAGCCCGCAACGAAGUCGAGCUCGAAUUCUCUUCGCACCCUUUCCCUACUUAAAGAUCGUGAUUCGAACCAUAAUAAUACUGGCGAUGUCGCCAGCAACGGGUUCGCUGGUACACGACCGCUCGUUCUUGGAAAGAAGAAGCCAAAGUCGAUGAAAGAGCACGAUGAGAAUGUUGCUCCCAGUGCUAGUUCUGUGAACAAGCAUCUGAAGCCGCUAACGCUUAGUCGAACAGAAUCGAGCAAGGUCCGCGGAAUUCUUCGCAAAGACGAAACGCUCCCUAGGGUGAUGGUUCGCCCACCAUCUGACCGGAUGGAGUCGAUUUAUGAGGUUCGGUGA